UGUACGGAGCUUCAUGAAGUCGCGGCAAUGGAAGAAGAGGCGGGAAUUUAGGCAGAACGAGACGAUGGCAGACGAGACCUUGGUUGAAGCGGCGCUUCGAGUCCUCAACACUUCCGAUCCCUUCGAGAAGGCCGAACUCGGCGACAAGGUAGCUUCUCGAUGGCUCAACGGCGUGAUUUCUCGCCCUUACGAUCCCUCCUCCGAUCUCGCCGUCCCCGACCGCCCCGCCAGGCUCUCUGAUGUGAAGUUGGUGUCGCCGAGUCUCAUGCCGAAGCUUGGGAAGGCGGGAAGCUUACAGAGCCGGCAGGCUAUUGUGCAUAGUCUUGUCCACACUGAAAGUUGGGCAAUCGAUUUGUCGUGGGACAUAAUAGCUCGUUUUGGGAAACAAGAAGAGAUGCCAAGAGAAUUCUUCACUGAUUUUGUUAGGGUAGCCCAAGACGAAGGUAGACAUUUUACUCUUCUUGCUGCACGACUUAAGGAACUGGGCUCUUUCUAUGGAGCACUACCCGCUCACGACGGCCUUUGGGAUUCUGCUAUUGCUACUUCCAAGGAUUUAUUAGCACGCUUGGCUAUUGAGCAUUGCGUCCAUGAGGCUAGAGGGCUGGAUGUGCUUCCCACCACCAUCUCUCGAUUCCGAAAUGGAGGUGUCAAUGAGACUGCAGAUUUGUUGGAGAAAGUGGUGUACCCAGAAGAAGUAACCCAUUGUGCUGCUGGACUUAAAUGGUUCAAAUAUCUUUGCCAGAGAUCUGGAAAACAGACGUUGGAUGGGGAUGGCUUGCUGCUGCUACAUGAACAUGGGGCUGAGGAUAAUGCAUCAUUGGAAAUGGAGAACGAAGAAAUAAUUCACAAAUUUCAUGCAAUUGUGAGAAAGCACUUCAGGGGGCCAUUGAAGCCACCUUUCAACGUAGUGGCAAGAAAAGCUGCUGGUUUUGGUCCUCGAUGGUAUGAACCACUUGCUUUCAAACCAAAUUCUACCUUGGAUCCAGAAUGUGAAUGAUGGAAAUGGAACUCAGAGUUCUUUUCCAAACUAUUGUUUUCCAGAAUCAUAAUCUCGUAUUUAUUUAGAGCAGCAUCCGAAUUCCCAUUCGGUGUUUUUAAUGUCCAGUGAACUGUUGGAAUGGUGUAUCGAGAUGUUAGAAGGUCAGGCAUCUCAUCAAGCGGUUUUUAUCUCAACCGCUCCAAUGGUCAAGGAAAUGUUGUAAACGUACUGAAACUGAUCAUCUCUACCAUCUCUCUAUACCCCUAUCAGACCUCGGUUGAGAAUAUGGAGUAUUUUUCUAGCUUUACCGUUCAUUUAAAAAAUUGUUAGAAGAUUAAACAAUAUGUUAGACGGACUUAAAUCUA